AUGGAGGGGGGCAAGGGGCCCAGACUCAGAGACUUCCUGAGUGGCAGCCUGGCCACCUGGGCGCUGGGACUGGCCGGGCUGGUGGGGGAGGCAGAGGAGCCGGAGGGGGAAGAAGAGGAGGAGGAGGAGGAGGGGCCCCUUUGUCCGGAGAAGAGGUUCCUGCGUCUCAGCGAAGGGGCCCUGCUCCUCAGGGUGCUGGGCAUCAUUGCCCCUAGUUCCCGAGGGGGAUCUCAGAUGGUCAGGGGCCAUGACGGACCCGCAGCCUGGCGGGUGUGGAACCUGAACCACCUGUGGGGUCGACUGAGGGACUUCUACCAGGAGGAGCUGCAGCUGCUGAUCCUGUCGCCACCCCCAGACCUCCAGACGUUGGGGUUUUACCCCCUCUCAGAAGAGGCGGUGGAGGAGCUGGAAGGCAUCCUUCGGCUGCUGUUGGGGGCGUCAGUGCAGUGUGAGCACCGGGAACUUUUUAUCCGCCACAUUCAAGGCCUCAGCCUCGAGGUCCAGAGCGAGCUGGCCGCUGCCAUCCAGGAGGUGACCCAGCCAGGGGCCGGUGUGGUGCUGGCGCUGGCAGGGCCGGAGCCUGGGGAGCUGGCCCUUCCGGAGCUGGAGAUGCUGUCUCGGAGCCUGAUGGGGACGCUGUCGAAGCUGGCACGGGAACGUGACCUGGGGGCCCAGCGGCUGGCAGAACUGCUGCUGGAGCGAGAGCGCGCCCCCUUACCGCCUGAGGCUCCUGUUCGGCCCCCCGCGGACGGCUCCUCGCACCAUCUGGCCCUGCAGCUGGCCAACGCCAAGGCCCAGCUGCGGCGCCUGCGGCAGGAGCUGGAGGAGAAGGCCGAACUGCUGCUAGACUCCCAGGGAGAGGUGCAGGGCCUGGAGGCUGCAAUUCGAAGACUCCGCCAGGAGGCCCAGGCGUUGUCGGGACAGGCCAAGCGGGCCGACCUGUACCGCGAGGAGGCAGAGGCGCUGCGGGAGCGGGCCGGCCGCCUGCCCCGCCUGCAGGAGGAGCUGCGGCGCUGCCGCGAGCGGCUGCAGGCGGCCGAGGCCUGCCGGGGCCAGCUGGAGGAGGAGCGGGUGCUCUCAGGGGCUCUGGAGGCCUCGAAGGCGCUGCUGGAAGAGCAGCUGGAGGCUGCCCGAGAGCGCUGCGCUCGGCUGCAUGAGACCCAACGCGAGAACCUGCUGCUGCGGACCAGGCUGGGGGAGGCCCAUGCGGAGCUGGAGUCUCUGCGGCAUCAAGUGGACCAGCUGGCGGAGGAGAACGUGGAACUGGAGCUGGAGCUUCAGCGGAGCCUGGAGCCACCCCCAGGUUCCCCUGCGGAGGCACCCCUGCCAGGAGCGAUCCCCUCGCUGCAAGAUGAAGUGAGGGAGGCAGAGGCUGGGCGGCUGCGGGCCCUCGAGCGGGAAAAUCAAGAGCUUCGAGGCCUGCUUCAGGUGCUGCAGGAGCAGCCAGGUGGCCAGCCCCCACUGUUGGAAGAGCAGAGUGGGGACUCUAUGCUUCCAGUGCUGGACGAGGCUCCCCGGAAGCCCCUGGCCUCAGAUCACAGCCCCCAGGCCUUGGUUGGCCAGGAGGGGGAUGAAGGCCCUCAGACCUUGGACUUGGCUCCCCUGGGAUCAGACUCAGCCCUUGAGGAGUCAGCUGAAUGUCGCCAGGCAUCCGACUCAGACCCACAUAUGACAGAGAGGCCCCUCCAAGAAGCUGCCAUGGCCCCCCCGACCUCAGACCUGACCCUCCAAAAGUCAGACCCUGCUGUGGAGACACAGGAGUCCCUGGAGAAGUGUGACCAUGGAGUCCCUCUCCAGACCCCCACCUCUGUGGCCCCACCUCAUGGUCCACAGAUGGAAAUUCAGGCCCAGCAGUUGCUGGUAAGACAGACGAUGGAGAGAAAGGCUCCCCAAGGGGGGUCGGUGCCUGAGGCCCUGGGUCUGAGACAGGAGAGCCCUGAGCACAAGCUGGGACCCUCAGAGCUCAGCCUCCAUGUGCAGCUGGAAAAGCAGGAGACCCCAGGCCAGAGGCUGGACCUGUCUCAGGAGCAAACAGAGGCCAGAGAGCAUGAAGCAGCCCAGCAAAAAUCACAGCAGAAGUUGGAAGCGGCUGCUGACGCCCGGGCCUGGGCUGGGUCCAUCCCAGGGGAGAUCCUGGCCAGUGGCGUUCCAGAGCAGGAGGCCCUCAGAGAGGAGGUGAUGAAGCUGAGGAGAGAGGUUGAGACCUUUAAAGCUGAGCUAGAGGCCCAGGCCCGAAGGCUGGAGGCCCGAGGCACGGAGGCUGCCCGCCUUUCGGAGGAGCUGGCACGAGCACGCAGGGCCGAGGCUGAGGCCCACCAGGAGGCAGAGGCCCAGGUCCGGGAGCAGGCUCGGCUGCGGGCGGCUGUGGAGGCUGCUGGCCAGGAGCUGGAGGCUGCGUCGCGGGAGCGGGAGGCACUGGCGGAGGCACUGGCAGCAGCAGGCCGCGAGCGGAGGCAGUGGGAGCGCGAGGGGCCCAGGCUGCGGGCCCGGGCCGAGGCCGCAGAGGAGCGGAUGCAGGCGCUGGAGAGCGAGGGCCGCCAGCACCUGGAGGAGGCUGAGAGGGCGCGCCAGGAGAGGCAAGACCUCGAGAAGGAGCUGGAGAAGGCUGUGUUGCGGGGCAAGGAACUGGGGGCCCGGCUGGAGCAUCUGCAGCAUGAGCUGGAACGGGCGGCUCUGGAGCGCCAGGAAUUUCUCCGAGAACAGGAGAGCCAGCACCAGAGGUACCAGGGCCUGGAGAAGCGGCUGGAGGCUGAGCUGCAGGCUGCGGCCACCAGCAAGGAGGAGGCGCUGAUGGAACUCAAGACCAGGGCCCUGCAGCUAGAAGAGGAGCUGUUCAAGCUGCGCCAGGGCGCUGUGGGGUUGGGGCCUGAGGAGCGUGCUGAGCCUCGGCUGGUGGAGACCCAGAGCACAAGGCUCAUCGAGGUUGAGCGCAGUAAUGCAACGCUGGUGGCUGAGAAAACGGCUCUGCAAGGACAGCUGCAGCAGCUGGAGGGGCAGCUGGGAAGCCUGCAGAGCCGAGCCCAGGAGCUGUUGCUGCAGAGUCAGCGGGCCCAUGAGUACAGCAGCCACCUGCAGGCUGAGAAGUCCAUUCUGGAGAUGCAGGGCCAAGAGCUGCACAGGAAGCUGGGGGUUCUGGAAGAGGAGGUGUCGGCAGCACGGCGGUCCCAGGAGGAGACUCGUGGGCAGCAGCAGGCCCUGCUGCGGGACCAUGAGGCCCUGGCACAGCUGCAGCGGCGGCAGGAGGCCGAGCUAGAGGGACUUCUGGUGCGGCACCGUGACCUCAAAGCCAACAUGCGGGCACUGGAGCUGACCCACCGGGAGCUGCAGGGACGGCAUGAGCAGCUGCAGGCCCAGCGGGCCAACGUGGAGGCACAGGAGGUGGCCUUGCUGGCAGAGCGUGAACGGCUGAUGCAGGAUGGGCAUCGGCAGCGGGGCCUGGAGGAAGAGCUUCGGAGGCUGCAGAGCGAGCAUGAGAGAGCUCAGAUGCUGCUGGCAGAGGUGUCUCGGGAGCGAGGUGAGCUGCAGGGCGAACGUGGGGAGCUGCGGGGCCGUCUGGCACGACUGGAGCUGGAGCGGGCACAGCUGGAGAUGCAGAGCCAGCAGCUGCGCGAGUCCAACCAGCAGCUGGACCUGAGCGCCUGCCGGCUGACCACGCAGUGUGAGUUGCUGACAGAGCUGCGGAGUGCCCAGGAGGAGGAGAACCGACAGCUGCUGGCAGAGGUGCAGGCCCUGAGCCGGGAGAACAGAGAGCUCCUGGAGCGCAGCCUGGAGAGCCGGGACCACCUGCACCGCGAGCAGCGCGAAUACCUGGACCAGCUUAACGCCCUGCGCCGUGAGAAGCAGAAGCUUGUGGAGAAGAUCAUGGAUCAGUACCGCGUGCUGGAGCCUGGGCCCCUGCCCCGGACCAAGAAGGGCAGCUGGCUGGCAGACAAGGUGAAGAGGCUGAUGCGGCCCCGACGGGAGGGGGCUCCCCAUGGGGGGCUGCGCCUGGGUGCCGAUGGGGCUGGCAGCACCGAGAGCCUGGGGGGCCCCCUGGAGACCGAGCUCCCCGAGGGCAGGCAGGCAGAUGGGACAGGGUCCCCUUCGCCAGCACCCAUGCGCCGGGCCCAGAGCUCCCUCUGCCUGCGGGAUGAGACCCUGGCAGGCGGGCAGCGGCGGAAACUCAGUUCACGCUUCCCUGUGGGGCGAAGCUCUGAGUCAUUCAGCCCCGGGGACACCCCCCGGCAGCGAUUCCGACAGCGCCACCACCGUCCAGGCCCCCUGGGGGCACCCUGCUCCCAUGGCAAAGGACCUGGCGUGGGAUGGGAUGGCUCUGUUGAGACCCUCCAGGAACACGAAGCAGAUGCCAACCGAGAGGGUCCCGAGGUACAGGAACCGGAGAAACGUCCCCUCGCCCCUUCCCUCAGCCAGUGA